AUGAGCGGGCAACAGGAACAGCCGAAAACGACACCAGCUGAAGGCGCUACACUUAAAACACCACCUCCGAUUGCACAGUCUACUGAACAGUGCCCUGAAGCGCCUCGCAAGAGGAAGAGCACCGAAGUGAUCCAAGCGGCUUCUAAUGUCUCAAAAGCUAUUGCAAAGCAAAUACCAUUUGAGAAGGAGUCAGAACAUGACCACUGGGCGACAAUGAAUUUGCAGGCAGCGUCAUCAUCAUCAGCAGCGGCGCGAUGCUCCAACAAGUGUGUCUCUGGUGGCCCUCGUGCAAGCCUUCUUCAGCUGCUAAUGUGUGGUCCCAAUCUCGACAAUCAACCUCGAAUGAAAGAAUGGCAGAAUUCGGAUGCGAUUUGUUCUUUGGAAUUCAUCGCCUCCACUGCCAUUUACGUGCUUUGA